GAUGCAACUUCUGACUUACAGUUUCACUUACAGUUUACUGCUUUCACUUUGAGGGGUUAGCUAUCCAACAUUACAUGCUGGUGUGAUCAUCUGGCACUUCAUCAGAAGUACAUUUGACCUGCCGUGACUACCAAGAACAGCACUAUGUCUGGAGCUUCUAUCUACGGUGAUAUUACACGGGUUGAAACAACAGGAGCUUCCCAGGAAACUGCAAACCAGGACAACCUGAACUUCAAAGGUGUUGCAGCUUCUCACAGGCUGAUGGCGACUGAUCUUCAGAGGGUGAAUCGGUAUAAGUCUUUGACACAGCAAGUUGCCCAUGCCCAUCAAAUCGAUCCAGCCAUUAUCGGUGCAAUCAUCUCCCGUGAAUCUCGAGGAGGCAAUGCCUUGGUAGAUGGCUACGGUGACUAUGGGAACGCAUUUGGCCUCAUGCAGGUUGACGUACGCUAUCAUUCUCCUGUUGGAGGUUGGGACAGCAAAGAACAUCUUAUGCAAGCAACAGGGAUUCUGGUAAAAAUGAUUGAAGCCAUUCAACAAAAGUUUCCAUACUGGACUAAAGAACAGCAACUUAAAGGCGGGAUUUCUGCUUACAACAUGGGGCCAGGAAACGUUGAAAGCUACAAUAACGUGGAUGCUCGUACAACAGGCAAAGACUACUCUAAUGAUGUGGUUGCACGUGCCCAGUGGCUGAAAAAGAAUGGAUUUUGAUUCAAGAUGCUAAUCAAUAUAUUGUCUCAAAUAACUGAUCUUAAAUCACCACAACUUAAUUUUUUUUUAAAAAUCAGAAUUUUGACAUUACCUUUCACCCUUUUGAAUUGAUUGUAUUCGUCAAAUCAGUGCCGCGGAGAUUUUUGGUUGCCAGUAAAAUUGCAUGCAAAAGAAUAAAAAUGAUAUGCACAG